AAAUUGUUGCGAGUUUGGACGUCCGAUUAUCGUUGUCCACGUAGUUGGAUGUAAAGAUGGCCGUGGGCCGGGAUGGGGGUUCGGGUCGGGCUACGGCAGCCCCAUUGUAUCGUGUCGGGUCAGGUUGAAAAGUUCAAAACAAGGCCCGAGCCAUGUGCUUUCGUGCCGGGCCGGACCGGGGCCGUCAUGCUUAAGGCUAAUUUUACCAAAUUUGGCGUUCUUUGCCGUGCCGGGUCGAGUCGUGUCGUGCUUUGUAAGGCUUUUUCCAAAAAAUUAAGGUUCGGGCACGGCUCACGACUUCGUGCCCGUGUCGGGGCGGGCUUUUCGUAUCGGGUCGGGCUUUGGGCCGGCCUGGCCCACGACCAUCUUUAGUUGGAUGGAAUAAUGGAUUAGACCCGAGGUGCCAAAGGCCCAAAUUUAUUACUCAUUAACUAAGGAUUAGUUAGGUAUCACAUUCUCAAUCGUAAUUGAAUAUCUACUAUCGGCCGUUCAAACUCUCGUAGAAAAAUCUAAGGUUUUGAAAGUCAAAGAUGUGCAGUAGUGCCGCUAUAUGGUAAUUGAUUGACAAAAAAAAACACCCCCGAUUCUAAAUUUUAAAUUUAACUCUUUACUUGACAUAAGUAGUGUAGUGAAUUUUAAAUUGAUCAGAUUUUACUCAUUAGUUAUGUUAAUUUAGAAUCGGUUUUUCUAACAAUUGUUAUGGGCACUUGUUAAGGUUCAUGUACAUAUUUUUCUUGGAAUUUAAGGAGAACUCUACAAAUAGGAGUUGAUAUACUGCGCGGGGAGAUAUAUAAACUUUUUAUGUAAGUAUUAAACUUAAAAAUUGUCCAUAAUCAUCCGUUCAAAAAAUUAAAAGUGAAAAUUGACCAUAGAAAAAUGAAAUAAGUCAUUUUAAAUUCAAUUAUAUAAAAAAGGGUAACAAACUAACAAAAAAAAAGGUAACAAACUAACAAUUGAUUAUUUGAUCCAAAAAAAAAAAAAAACUAACAAUUGAAUACAUAAAUGAAGGGAUUGAGAGCAAGGUUGUUAAAUUAUUAUUAUUAUUAGUAGUAGUAGUAUAUAUGGUAGAAAAUCAAAAUGGGUCAUAGUUUCACACUAUGCAAUAAAUUAAACAGGGGUUUACGUAUUGAAAUUUGAAAUGCACUACACUACUCAAUUACUCAUACUUUGAUAUUCUAUUAUAUAUACAUACCUUCUCCAAUCAGAGAAUUACCAAUUUACUUUAGUUUCUCCAACAUAUUUUAUCAACAUUUUGAAGCAUACACAAGAAUAAAAUGAGUAACGCUUUACCUUUCAUUCUUUUUGCCUCCCUCCUCGUAAUCUUUUCCGGUCAAAUAACAGAUGGAAGAUGUGCUUAUUGUGUUUCGAAUCCGAAGGCCUCUCGUGAAUUAAUACAAAAGAAGCUAGAUUUUUGUUGUGGAGAUAUUCCAGAAUCUUGUGAUCUUAUUCAACCAGGAGAGCCAUGUUAUGUGGAUGGUGAUGUUAGGGCAACCGCCUCUUAUGUCUUCAAUGAUUGGUAUGUUGGUGGUUCCGAAUGCAACUUUGAAGGUGCUGAAAUUAUGGUUUAUCAAGAUCCAAGUCAUGGUGACUGCAAAUUCAAGUGUAGGUAGUGGUGAAGAGUUGCACAACAUCAUGCAGAUUUGGGAAGGACCCGCAAGUUUAUCUUUAUAACAAUCAUCUAUGAAUUUGUGAUUGUAUUGUGCUAAUUUGUAUUGUAUUGCUUCUGUACUAAAAAUUAAAGGAAGUGUUGUGGAAAUAAAUCAUGUUUUAAAAUUGAC